AUGUCUGAUCAUUAUCUAUCUAUCUAUCUAUCUAUCUAUCUAUCUAUCUAUCUAUCUGAAUCUAUUCAUAUCUAUUCUGUUGAUUAUCUUUCUAUCUCAAUCUGUCCGUAUAUAUCCGUCUGUUCAUAUCUAUCUAUCUAUCUAUCUAUCUAUCUAUCUAUCUAUCUGAAUCUGUUCAUAUCUAUCUAUCUAUCUAUCUAUGUACAUCUUGCAAGUUCAAUAAACUUAAAGAAAACGAUUCGUUUAUUUAUUUUUCUCUCUCUCUCGCCUUUCUCCCUCACCCUCACUUUUCUUUCUCUCUCUCUCUCUCACUCGCAGAUUUCUCUCUCUCUCUUUCUCUUGUUUUUCUUUCUCUCACUCGCUUUUUUCCUGUCUCCUUUCUUUCUUUCUUUCUUUCUUUCUUUAUUUAUUUCUUUCUUUCUUUCUCAAUUGCUUUUUCUCUCUCUCUCUUUCUCUCGCCUCCCUCUCUCUUUAUUUCCCAUACUCUCUUUUUUCCCUAUCCCUGUCUUUCUCUCACUCGCUUCUCUCUCUCUCUCUCUCUUUCUUGUUUUGUUUUUCUUUCUCUCACUCGCUUUUUUCUCUGUCUCCUUUUUCUUUCUUUCUUUCUUUCUUUCUUUCUUUCUUUCUUUCUUUCUUUCUUUCUUUCUUUCUUUCACUCCCUUUUUUCUCUCUUUUUCUCUUUCUCUCUCACGCCUUUCUCUCCUUCUCUAA